AUGACUGAAUCGUUCAAUGUCAUAUCCACCCUCCGCUAUGACCCGGCGCUGCCAGGAAUGGCGGAAGGAGCCCGGAAUAAUUACCCAGACUCUCAAUGCACGCCGUACUAUCUUCUACCCUACCACCAGGACCGGCUUCUAAGCGCAGCGAGGUGUUUCAAUUGGCCAGACGCAGUAAAGUUCCUUGAGCAGGAUCGUAAACAUUUCCUGGAUUUCUUGGAUUCUUUCAUUCCUGACCCAACAAAGCCGUGGCGACUUAGAAUUCUUAUCGACAAAGAUGGAACAGGAAGAGUCGAGGCCAGCAUGUCUUCCCCUGGUCCAGUUAAUCUUCUUACCCCCUUCGACAUGAGCACCUCAUCCAUCAUAUGGCGAGUCCAUGUCGACUCCCAGUGGACCACCCCUUCGGCAUUUACCACCCACAAGACUACUCAGCGCGAUAACUAUACUGAAGUACGCUUGCGAGCGGGGAUAAAGUCCCCAAAGGAUCAAGUGGAGGUGCUGAUGGUGAAUCAGCAAGGAGAAGUUAUGGAGGGAAGCAUCACCACGGUAUACUUCCGGCGCCCAUCGCCAUCAGCUCCACAUGGAGAGGGGAAGGCCAGUGAUGCAAUGCAGCAAUGGAUUACACCACCCCUUGCUAGUGGAGGGAAUGCAGGAACAACCAGGCGGUUCGCGUUGGCCUCUAGGUUGUGCUCCGAAGAGGUUAUCAAUGCGGCUGAUUUGAGGGACGGGGAUGCAUGCUGGAUCAGCAACGGGGUGCGAGGAUUCAUUCGUGGUGAAAUUGUUCGUUAG